AUAUAAUCGAAAAUCUAAAAGCAAACGGAAGAUAUAGUGUAAAAAAAUUAGUAACUAAAGUCAUUUUUGAAUGAAUUGUAAACGUUAACUAUUCAUCUUCGAAUACAUGUUUAACAUAUUCUCAAAAACACUGCGGAAAACUUGACAGCACAUAUUCUCGAAAACGCGACAUCUAUCGCUCUUUCUGUAAUCAAACUAAAUACGUGCUCGAAACACGUAUGGAGUUCGUUAUUCCUGGGACAACCGCCAUGUUUCCUGAAUGAAGAGGACCAUUCACGCCAUUGUUCGCGUCGUACUGAAUGCUGAACGGUUUAUCUAAGAUUUCUGGAAACUAAAAGAAAGAAUUCUCCGAAGUCUGCAGGAUUAUUUAAAUCUUUUAUUAUUGUAUCUGUGUUGCAGCUGUAUAGAACAAGAACGUUAUAAAUUUAUCGUGGUGCAAUAAAUGCGUAAACAUGUAUAGCAACAACAUUGAUCCUUGGGAACCAGGUUAUGGACCAGAAAGAAGAGGGCAUACUUCUGACUUUGAUUACCGUAAUGAGUAUGGAGGCAAUCGAUCACCUGAUUAUGGAGAACAUCGUGACUCAGAUCAUCGUGAUAGAGAUCAUCGUAGUCCAGAAUAUAGAAAUCAUCGUGGAAGAGAUAGAGAUCGUGAAAGAGAUCGUUCAAGGGAUAGGAGAGAUCGUAGCAGAGAUGAUAGAGAUCGUAGUUAUAGAGACCGUGAAGACCGUUAUGGAAGGCAAAGAGAUAGAGACUCUACAGAACGGGAUCGUGACCGUGAUCGAGACAGAGACCGUGAUAGAGACAGAGAACGGUCAAGAAGGGAUAGGGAAAGGGAAAGGGAUAGAGAACGUAGAGGAAAAAGAGAGGACAGAGAUAGAGAUCGGGAUGAUGACCAUAGUCGUGAAAGUUUGGACUUUGAUCAUGACCAUGGUCGUGCUUAUGGCUCGUCCAUGGAAGGCAUCCACUACAAAUCUCAAUCUCCCAACAACACCAUAAUGAUUCGAGGGCUCGCGCAGCAUAUUACUGAAAAUGACGUGCGGCAAGACAUCCUCAACUGUGGUCUCAUGCCAAAGGACAUCAGGCUUAUUCGGAAAAAAGAUACAGGUGCUUCGCGAGGUUUUGCAUUCGUCGAGUUUAACGCGACUCAGGAGGCUGCACGGUGGAUGGAGAUGAAACAGGGAGUCCUAAUGCUACAGGAUCAGUAUCGUGCAUUAAUGCAGUACAGUAUACCAAAGGAUUGUCAUGUGGAUAAACUACCUGCAAAGAACACGCAAGAUUGGCAUUGUGUAAAGUGUGGAGCACACAAUUUCAAAAGACGUGAAACAUGUUUCAAAUGUUCUGCUUCAAGGGCAGAAAGCGAAGAAGGUGGAGAAGGUAGUGAUGAGAUUAGUCCACAUCCUACCAAUACUGUUCUCCUUAGAGGAUUGGAUGUAUUAACCACCGAAGAUUCGGUUCUUCAAGCAAUGAAAAAUUUGUCGUCAAUGCCAAUUAGAAGUAUACGCAUUGGACGUGAUUCUCUUACAAAUACAUCAAGGGGUGUUUGUUAUUUAGAAAUGGGUAAUGUUGUGGAUGCAAUGUAUUUACAUACAGCGCUCACGAAGCAAGGAUUAGUCGUUGAUGGCAGGAAAGUAGAAAUUGCAUAUUGCAAGUUACAUCAGAUUAAUAACACUAAUGCAUGGAAAUCUAAUGAUAAUCAAUCGCAAAGGUAUACCUUAGAUGAUGUAGCUCAAUUGGCAGAAUAUAGCGCCAAUUUAUAUGCCAAAACACCAGCGCAAAAAGCUCAUUAUCUUCAGUAUUAUACACAGUACUAUCAAAAUCAGAUAAUGCAAGGAACGACUAUUACAUUACCUUCAUUGAACCAAACGGACAGAGUAAAUGCAGCUGCUGCAGUAGCUCAGUCUGCUAUCCAACAGCUGCAAGCAUCUAGAAAGAUAGGUGAUCCGGAUGAAAUGAAGGGCAGACCAACUCCUACUGCACCAACUAGCACAACUUUAGCAAGUGGAAGGGUUCCUGCCCAUGCAAAUGAUGGAAAAGUUUAUUCGGUGCCUGAUGUUAGCACCUAUCAUUAUGACGAAUCUUCGGGUUAUUAUUAUGAUCCAAGUACAGGAUUGUAUUAUGACCCUAAUUCACAAUAUUAUUAUAAUAGCCACACACAACAAUUUCUUUACUGGGAUGCAGAAUCAUUCUCCUACCAACCAGCAAAGACAACCGCAAGCGUUACUCCAGCAACAGGUACUGCUACUACGAGUGGAACUACAAUAACAGCAACCGCUAGCAGUACCGAUUCGGCUACUACAGUCGUUACUCAAGCUACCCCUUCAUCAACAACAGUAACUAAUGAUGUACUAAAAGAGGAUGAAAAUAAGAAAAAAGAUAGUAAACAGGACAAAGUAAAAGUUGCUAAAAAAAUAGCAAAGGACAUGGAACGUUGGGCAAAAACAUUAAAUCAGAAAAAAGAAAAUGCUAAAAGUAAUUGGAAUUCAGAAUUUACUGGAGGUGAUGGUAAUCAAGGUAUAGGAAGUGGAGCCGCUGACGCUGGUUAUGCUAUACUGGAAAAGAAAGCUCUAGCAAAUUCAUAUCACGAAGAGGAAGACCCCAGUGGAAGUAAUGGUUUAGUAGCUGCUUAUGGUGGUGGAAGUGACACAGAGGAGGAAAUUGAGGAUGUUCAACAAGAAGAACGGCAACAUACGGAUUGGAGCAAACUAGCUUGUUUGCUUUGCAAACGACAAUUCCCGAGUAAAGAAGCGUUGAUUCGACAUCAGCAAUUGUCAGAUCUUCAUAAGCAAAACUUAGAAAAUUGGUAUCAGGUGCGUGGUUUAGAUCCAAACGAUCCUCAACAAAGAAAUAAUAAAUAUCGGGAUAGAGCUAAGGAAAGGCGAGCUAAAUAUGGCGAACCGGAGCCACCACAACCUAAUAAAUUAAAAGAAAAGUAUUUAAAAACUAGAGUGGAAGACAUAUCUGUUUCAUAUGAAGAACCUACAAGAACAGGCAUUGGUUCGGAUAAUGUUGGCAAUAAGUUAUUACAAAAGAUGGGAUGGAGCGAAGGAAUGGGUCUUGGUAAAUCAAAUCAAGGUAGAACGAGUAUCAUUGAAGCAGAAAGACGAGUUCCUACCGCGGGUUUAGGAGCUAAAUCAUCAUCCUAUAGUGCUCUACCUGGAGAUACAUAUAAGGAUUGUGUAAAGAAAAUGAUGUAUGCUCGUUAUCAGGAACUAUCCGAUACGUAAUACGUUAAGUAUUGUUAAAUAGAUUUUAUAUAUAUAUAUAAAAACUUGUAUUCAUAUUUUCCAUAGAUAUGAUAUAUAUAUAUAUAUAUAUAUAUAUAUAUAUUCACAUUAUUUGAUAAACAUUGAACAUGCCGGAAACUGCACAGUAAUAAUCGGUUUUUAAGAUUACAUUUAGUUUGAUGAAAAUUUAUUAUUUUUCACGUCAAAAGCCAUGGUUAUUUCAUAUAUACUUAUUGCUAGACAAAGUAGCUGAAGAAUAAUAAUCACUUGACAGAAAAUAAUAAAUUCUCCAUUAUGAGAAAUAUAAUAUGAAUAUUGAUAACAACCAAGAAUUUUAUUUAUGCAAUGGCACCUUAUUAAACUUAUAAUGAUCAAUAAUGUUUUUCAUACUUAAUAUUUCUACACCUUUAAUCACAAUCAUGUUAGAAUUAACUUUUGAAGGAAUUCCGUACCACAUUCUCUAAACUUUAUUGAUAGUGAUACGACAAUUUUUGUGUUGAUUAUAUAAAAUGUGAUGAUACCUAAAAAUAAAAUAUACAAUUUAGUAUCAAUAGAUCAAACGAUUAUAUCGAGUCUAUUAGUCUUUACCUAAUUCUGGAUAUUCCAAUUUUAAACUACAAAAAUAUUAAGAAAUAUCUUCACUAAUAUGUACAAAUUGAGCCAACUCUUCCUUUAAUAUAUGGUAAAUACAUUGAGAAGAGUGUUAAUAAUAACAAUAAUAAAAAUGCUAUUUCAAAAAUUACCUUUCGUAAUACUUUAAAUGAUUUUUUGUUAUUAACUCUAAAAUUAUUUAAAAAGAUUUUUUUAAAUAGUUAUUGUUAACCCAUAAUACAUCAAACUUCAUAAUUUCAUAAUAGUGUUCUGCAUUAUGUAAAAUUUUCGUAAAUAAAUAAUAUAAUUAUAUUUAUUACACAGUACAAUCACAAGCGAUAUGUACAUUAAUCUUUCUUUUUACGAGUUUUAUCAAAGUUUAAGAUUAUGGAUUAACAAUUUCGUUAUAUAUGUAAACGUCUCUUCUAAACUAUUAUACAAUUUAACCUUAUUUUUUUAAUUUACUAUCCACAAUGUAUAUGAAAUGGUAAAAUUAGGAAAAAUAAUAAAUAUACUGCGAAAUAUUG